AUGUCUUUCCCGCAAAAUUACGCAUUAACAGAUAUUUUCAAAUUAGAGAUUAAGGAAUAUUCAAGCCGCCAAUGGACACCUCGACAAAAUUCGAGCAAACAUGACAGCUUUUAUCUUCCAAGUAUUGAUUCUGCCUUUGGAGAUUCAGACAGUCUAUCUCCUACCUCAAAUAGUCCCAGUCAAGAUAAUGAAUCACCUUCGGUACUUUCGCUGGAAGAUUUCGAUUAUUUUCGAGACAAAGAGAAAUUUUCCACAGAGGUCAAGAAGGAAGACGCUUACAUUCUAAGUAGCAAAGACAUGCAAGAUAUCGAAAGCAGAGUCGAUGAAAAGUUAAGAGAAGAUUUCAAAAAGAUAUGGCAAGAUGCCAAGGCGAAAGAAUUGCGCAUAAAAAAGAAGUUUUCCAAAAUUCUCGCACACGCACGCUCGACACUGAUAGAAUCAAGAAUUCACGCGGAGAAAGAGGCGAUAAACCGGCUGGAAGAAAGAGCUGAAAACAAGCAGACAGAAAUUAUGAAAAAGAGGUUCGAAAGAAACCGGAAAAUAGUGACAGAGAAAGACGAGAGAGAAAGCAAAGACCAUAACUUUGGUGCCGGUGAGAAAUGGGUAAGGGAACAUUUGGAAGAAAUGGCAGCCUUGAGAAAAAUUCAGUCCGAUUUGGAUCGAGCGAAGGCACGACGAAGGAACGGAGUAGCUUCAAUGAGUUUAAAUAAAAAGGGAAAGUUGCGGAAACUAAUGCAGACUGAAAUACGCAGACUACAUCGAAUCGAUGAAAUUAACCACCUUAUAAAAGACUUGAACGAGCUCGGCUUAAACGAACAAGCAGCUGCACUUAGUCUAAACUUACAGUCAAAACAACAAGCGGAUACAUCACUUCGCGACGAGGUUAGAGAGGAAAGAGGCCGGGCAAGAACGGAGGCAUUAAAAAGGAAGGAAGAGGAAGUAGAAAAAUUACGGCAAGAGAGAAUUUUUGAGAUGACAAUUCUGGAGAAAGAAAGGAAAGUGAGAGAAGAGAAGGAGAGGUACCAGAGAAUGAUGGCCGCUCUCGCGCGAAAGGCGCAUAACCAAGAGUUAAGACGAGGGUAUAAUCAAACUCUGUUAACAUCACGGAUUUCCAGAUCACAUUCAUUCACCUAUUUUCCAUCCCCAUCACGAAAAUAAAGAAGUUAAAAAAGGUGGAUACGUACUCAAACAUAACUCAGUGAGACAAACGAUCGCAAGAUAUGGUUGUUUAUAUCCUAGGGAGUCUUUUAAAAUAACUAUAUAAAACGGCUGAUAAUCCUCAUUACGAGUAUCGGUAAAUAAAGAAACAUAUAGAAUAAGGAAAAUCUUCGUUGCCUAUCAGUUACAGUUAUCUAAAGACAUUAUGGAUAAUUGAUUCUAUUUUAGUAACCUCUUUUUUAGAGUUUGAGUCAAUUUUGUGAACUUGCAUUUCUACUAUAUAAAAAAUGUAUUUGGAGGGAUUUCAAUAAAAUCAAAUUUCUCAGUAGAGUUUUGACUGAAUUGUAAUAAGCAUAACUGAAAUCAGAUAAUCGACAAGAAGGAUGGAAGAAUUAAUGAACUAGACAGGCGUCAUUUCUUGGUCACAAGUGAAAAAUUCCUCAACAAUAGACUGUUUUUCAGUUUUCUUUAAAUGAGAGAAAAUUCCGCGAGCGAGACAAACCAGACGAGCGGCAAAGCCCAUUUUGCCUAAUCAAAAUGACAAACUUCGCACUCAGAGAGCAAAUGUAAACGUAUCAUGCAAGCAAAUUUCAAUCAUUUAAGCAUGAAAUUCAGUUUAACAAAGUAGCGAUAGUCUGCGAUCAGACAGUCCUUCUUCCUUUUUUGCGCGCUUCCCCGGAAAUAGAAAAAGGACGACGGAUCGCACGUUACCAAGGUUACACGACCGAGUGUUAAGGGCGCUGUACGUGACCUGCCCCUGUGGGUCUCGGGUUCGAGAUCCGUGCGCUCGAGCGUUCGGUGUCCAAUUAAAUACGAAAAUUAUACUUUGAUUUCCAGAGAGAACUAGGUCAAAAACGUUUUUUUUUUCUAAAAGUUGUGAGAUUAGUAGCCAUUAUGUGAUAAAGUAGAAAAUGAGGGCACAACAAUAAGCGAAAAACAAAAAUUUUGUGUGCGGACUGUGUUUGAGUCUCUUGAAAAUCCACAUUCUUGUUCAAGUUCAUGUUCCACGAAUUUUGAUAAAUAAACUGUUUGACAUAGCAUCAUCGCAAAGAAUGUUAUUAUUUUAUCUUUAAAAACAAAGUGGCGGGAGUGUGUGCAGAAGCUCGCAGUGGAAAAUAAUUAAGGUGUUUUAUUGAAAAGAUGGGGAAACAGCUGAACCAUCGGCUUGCCUUGCACCACUCCGUUUGAAAAACAAAGCUGCGGGGAUCACAUUUUUAAUCACUUGCUUUAUCGGCGGUAGGUCGUAUUAUGAUUUAUUUCACAAACUCCCAUUAAAUUCUUCACCCUCAUUGGGUAUGUAAGAACUCUUCAAUGACCUCGUCUUUACAUCUGGUGAAUGGCUCAACUUCCACUGGAGCUAAUUUGGAUGAAGUGUUGUGUCCAGUGAUCGCCAAGGUUAGGGUUCAAAUCUUGGUCAAGCCUCAACUUUCCAUAAUCUCUUCAUCUGCUCAGGUUAUUCACGAAAAUGCGAGGAGUGCAUUUGUCAUUCACUUGCUUCAUCCGAAGUUCACAUUUGUGAAGAAAAACUUCGUUUAUCUGACAAAUUAAAUAAUGGUUUUUGUCUUAUACUCUUCGUUUAUUAUGCUACUAUUGGGUGAGAUACACUUUUGUUGGUAUGGAGAAGCGAUAGAGAGGAGAGUUAUUUGUCUAUGAAUAUGGAUAAGACGCAUUCCAAGUUUUAUAAUUUCAUCUUCAAUGAUCGCUGUUUUUUGUAACGCGUUUGUAAGGUGAGAAAAUGACAAUUCUACACCAUGAAUAAUUGAUUUAACGCACGGAAGACAUAUAGCAAAAAAACUUGACCGACACAAUUUCGCUAUAAAAUUUUCGCCUGCCCGAAGCGUUUCAACAACUUCCUUAUCAAUUAAGGUACCUUCCUGUCUUUAGUCUGACUCACGGUCACCUUGCCGUUUUUGCACCAAGCGCGGGAAGUGCUGUAUUGGUCGUAAUCAGUAUGAUUCAAUCAACUUUGAUCAAUCGAUAACGGAAGGAGGACGAAAGAAACUACAUGGACGAGAUAUAAGGCGAUAAGCGAGGAAAAAAGAAUUAAUUACCACCGUUUGAGAUGAUAGAAAAGAUAUGGUGUGUCUAAUAGCGUCAUCACCUAAAACAAUAAAAAACUAGUUUCUUGAACGACCUCAAUUAAUGAGAAACAGUUCAGUUCAUGGACUGUGCAUUCUUGAGGCUUUUUCCUCUUACGUCCUGAAAAUGGAAGAAAACAACGUGAGAUUUACUACCAGCGAUGCAAGUUCCUCAAACAACAUGAAUCGCGUGGUUUUACCAAGAAUCGAGGAAGACGUGAACAGAAGAAAAAGCAUGACUGCAUCAGAAACAUUUUCUCUGGUAACAAGCGGCAGUAGUCCAUUCAGCCCGGACAUAGACAGCGACCUAGAGGAAAUGGCGCUUCAAGGAGAUCAUGACGAAGGAAUCGCUGAAUUCGAUGAACAGCGUGAACAGCUUAAUGGCGGAACAGAGGGGGAAGAAAAAAAACGAUUUAUGAGCUGUGAAACAGAAAUUCGCCAGAAAGCAAAAGCAGCGUUGACGAAAGAACUCAGAAGAGUACGCAGGCAAGCUGCCGCGAAAAAGAACGAAAUAAGAAAAAAGUUCAAAGUUGUGAUAGAUGAUGCACGGUCGCAACUCAUCGCAUCCCGCAUCGAAGCUGAUAAAGCAUCUAUUGAUAAACUGGAAGAGAAAGCAGAGAUACAGCAGGCUAAGAUAUUGCAAGAACGCGCGCAGAGGAUAAAAGAGGGAAAGAAAGAGUACGAGUACGACAGAAGUCGCGCGCAUUCCACAGAACUAGGUUUGCUUCGAAAAAUUCAAGCUGACUUGGAUCGUGCACGCGCGAGAAGGAAGCAGAGUCUAGCGGCCGUGUUGAAGACUGUAAACGGAAAGGCUAAGGUAGCUAAUUUGUUGCAGUACGAAGUGAGAAGACUCGAACGGGCUGAAGAAGUGCAAAAGAUAAUUGUCGAGCUGUACGAGUUAGAGUUAACACAAGCUGCUAAAAAUCUGACCCGCUCGCUCAGGGCAAAGGAAGAGUUCGAAAAUAGAUUGCGCGCGCAACUAAAUGACGAACAGGUAAAAGCCAAGAAAAGAGCCAUGUUGCUUGUUGAGGAUGAGAUCAAAAAAGUACGGAAGGAAUACGAGGAGGAACAGAAGAGAAAAGAGCAAGAAAGGUUGGAGAAAGAAAGGCUGAAAAAAGAACAGGAAGAAAAGGAGAGAAGGGAACGAGAAAUGGCCAAGAUAAAAAAGAUGGCGAGGGAUUUGGCGAUGAGAAAGAUGUUUAAGCAGUCCAUGCUCAAUACAAGCGUUUCCAGGCCGUUCAGUUUUUCAUAUUUUCCGACUUUGAAGAAAUAG